UGGUUUCUUUAGCCUUUCCCGAAGAGGCGGAGCUCGCGGCGGUGCUGAAGGGUGGUGAAGGCCCUACCCUCCUCCGCCUCAUCGGCCGCCACCAUCUCCGCCGGUAUCUGACUUUGGUGAGAGAAGGAAAGAAAGAGGCUCUGGAGAGGGAAGAAAUAUGGAUUACAGCUUAGCGGCGCUGAAAUUGCUGAGUUUCCAGUUGAAGGAGGCCAUCGAAGCCACAUCAUCCUGCUCCUCCUCCUCGUCUUCUUCUCCCUAUGCCUUCACUCUUGGUGGCCUCCUCUUUCAGCGAGCCUGGUUACAGGGCGUUCUGGUCUUGGUGCGUGACGAAGAGCGGUUGCUGAUUGAUGACGGCACUGGAGUCGUUCAGCUCUCUCUUCCUGGCGAGUUUCGCCUCCGCCCUUGGAAAGCAGGAAUGUAUGUAAUGGUUGUUGGAGCAUAUUGUAUGCACGCAGGAGAGGUCCCUAUGAUUAAGGUUCACAAGAUGGUUGAUCUCUCUGCAUUUCCAGAUCGAGAGGCCAUGUGGUAUCUUGAAGUUCUUGAGGCCUACAGAUUGUUCUACAAACCAUUGAUUGAGGAGUAAAACUGGAUUGGCUUUUACCAUUGCUUUGAAAUUCCCUUACUCCUUCGAGUACCAAAAAUAUGUGCAAUGCAUCUUAAGUUUAUCGCCUAUCCCUGCACAAUGCAAUUGCCUUGUACUUUGCCUUAAGAAAUGAAUUCAAGGUUCAUUCGAUUGCUCACAGCUGCAUCUAUUUAUCACUGUAACUUGUAAGUGGUUCUUCACCAACACAACGAAAUUAGAAUACCUAUGCUUGAAUUCUCUUAUCGAUUUCUUCUUCUUUCCGGUUUUAUUUAUGUGGCCUCCGAUAGAGCAUUUUAAGGUCCUAUGAGGAAUUCGACUAGGAAGCUUGGGAAUGUGAGGAGGUUCCUAGUUCUUUCUUGCCGCACCUCAGGGACAUUGUUUUCAAUGGCUUUAAUUGCUCGUGGGAUGAGAUGAAGCUGGUGGCGUACUUGUUGGAGAACUGUAAAGUCUUGCAGAGAACGGCAGUGAACUUCCACUAUCUCGUGGACGAAACAACAAAGUGGAAAGAAGAAACACUGAAGGUACAUGAAACGUUUUGCUGACUUGUUGAGUGGAAUAUUCUGGAGGCGAAGAACGAUUCAGGAGUUUGAAUGUUUUGUUUUCAACCCUCUGCAACAAUGUAAUUGGAUAAAAGAGAAAACAAGGAGGUGCUUGCGCGGUUUGUUAUGGAGCUGAUUAUGACAAUGUGGUAAUAAUUUACGCCUCUUUUGAUUCGAUUUUUUCUUAUUUUUCUGGUUUGUGUCAUUUCGGGUGAGCAUUUUCACAAGAUUAUCUAUGUAAACAUCCUAUCCUUCAACAAUGGUUACAUCGUCUUUUCUAAUUA